CACAGCCAGGAUAGUCCUCCCGCGUACCGGAGUGCGAAACCGUCCCGCGGCUGGAGUCUGCAGGCCCCCCGCCCCUCCCCUCUCAAGGUCAGCAAGGACUCCUACAAGAUCGCCAAAAAGCCCCCUCUCUUCCCCAACCCCCACCCCUAUCUCCCUCUCCCUCCUCCUCACCAACAUCAACAACAUCAACACCAACAACCUCUCCAAUUCCAAAUCCAAAGCCAAAUCCAAAACCAACACCAUCAUCGAUCGCCCGUGAUCAUCUACGCCGUGUCGCCCAAGGUCAUCCACACCACCCCCUCCGACUUCAUGUCCCUCGUCCAGCGCCUCACCGGCAACUCCCUCGACACUUCUUCUUCCUCUUCUUAUUCCUCCACCGCAGCAGCAGCAGCUCCGUCGACGACUGCAGCAGCAGCAGCAGAAGCAGAAGCCACCACGACCCUCCUCCUCUCGCCCGCCGCCGCCGCCGCAGCGUCUCCGCGGCCGCUGCAUCAUCGGCAGCAAUAUAUGUUGCAGCAGCAGCAGGACGAGGGGGGUGCGGACGUCGAAUUGCUGACGGGGCGGACGGCGGCGGCGGGGGGGAUGGGGACGAACUCGUCGUCCUGCUUCUUCCCCGGAAUCCUGUCGCCGGGGCCGGCGUCGCUGCAGCCGAUAUCGCCGAGCUUGUUCCUGGCGUCGCCCUCGCUGGGCUUCGACCCCAGCGUGCUCGGCUACCUCGGCGACCUCAGCCCCGUCCUCAGCGGCAUGGUGCUCGCCAGCCCCGGAAACAGCCAGCACCUGCUCUCCACCCCCACCAUCCCCUCCCCAGGUGCCUUCUGGGAUCUCCUCAAUCACUUCCCCGAUCCCUUUUAGCCCCUGCCUGCCUCCUCCCUACAUCUACCUUCUCAUUUUCUUCGCUCUCUCUUUCUCUCUCUUUUCC